AGCAGAUCUCGAAGAAGGAUGGGAUGGCAUGAAAGGAAAUCCACGUCAAAGGAUGCAUGGCAUCUCGGUGCAGACCUUACUGUCCAUCUACUUGUUUGCCUUCCUCCGCUCUGGCACGGGAUAAAGAUCAUCACCAUCUGUGUCCCAGAUCAUACGGCCCUGCAUAUCGCCAGCAGGCUGUCGCCUCAGCAGAUCACAUGCUCUCAAGUCCGACAAAAGUAGCAGCAGCAGCGCCAGCAGCGACAAGAAGAAACAGAAGAGGUGCGUGGUGAAUGCAUGCUGAUAGACGGAUGCUACACAUCGUCACUCGAGGUGCUGUUUGUGGUAACGUGUCUGCAGGAGAAACAGGCGGCCAUGAUGGAGAUGAUGGACCAGUCAGUCCAGAAGGCCAUCAUAGAGGCGCGCACACGGCGCACUGCCGGCGGUGUGGAGGACCGCACCACACAGGUUCGUCGGGGCAGAAAGAGGCGCAAGGGCGAGGAGAUGCGUGUGGCACUCACACUCGACCGCAUUGGACGGGACCGGUAGGACAGCACGAGGAUAAUGGACGGACAGGGGUAGAGAAACAGGCUGCCGACACCAUUGCCGUGGCAAUGGAGGCAGCGCAGGAGACCAUCUCGUUCGGCCAGUAUGCACUCGGUCAGCCACAGAUCACACGCAGACGCAUGUAACCAAUCAUUGUGUGUCUGGUCUGUGUGUGCCUGCGUGCCCAUGCAGCGAUACCGACGGACGACGCCGACGAGACGGAUGACCUCAGAGGAUGGACACUCGGACAGGUCAGACAGACCGAGGGAUGGAGGGGGAGUACAUGGAUGUGUGUGUGUCUUGUGCAGGCUCCUGCGUGCCUUCGACACCGUGUUCGACCGCUCCAAGCUCAUGAUCGGACUCGUGCGAGCCUAAUGAGAGCCAUGGGUGGAUAAGAGUGGAUGGAAGGGGGAGAUGCAGAUGCAUGAGUGAGAGGCUGCAUGACCGUCUCGACUCGAUGCCGGGUCACCGUUUAGGCUAGCUCGUGAAGGAACAGACGACUGUAUUUGAUGGACCAUUGAUGAUUGCAUUCACUGCGCGGAUGCGUGGCUGGAUCGCGUUCACUCGAUUGUCCACUGGGUGUCCCGAUACAUACGUACGCGUCCGCUUCUGCUAUCAUUUCGAUGUGGU